AGCGCAGAGAGAUUUCUUCAUUCCUCAGCUGAGUACAAGCUGGCCUCCUGGAGUCUGUGAACGCAAGUGUUCAAUGUGAGUGUGCCCUUGUGAGCCCCUGGCUGUUUAUACUCCAGAGGGUGUCCCCGUGCAUCAUCGGUGGAGUGGACCAAAACUGGUGAUCCAUUUGCCCUGUGUGACCUUGCCCAGUACCCUGCUGACUGAGAGUACAUAUCUGCUGGAAGUCCUCUGGGCUUCAAGGUACAGGGAACAAGAAGGCAUCUGGUCUACAAGAACUCGAGACCUCACUGAAACGGAAAGCAAAUACAAGGAAACUUUAUUUUAAAAACGUGUCUUGGUUCCCCCAAGAAGAGGGCAAUUGGAUUGCUCAGCCAGAAUGAAGAGUAGUUUUAUAGAAAAAAGAGGACAAUAUUGGGAUCACCUUUGACCUGUCCAUUUGGAAAUAUUUUCUAUUGAGUUAUAGAAAGGUGGGAAGCUUUCAUUUAGAACAAUGAAUUUCAUAAAGGACAAUAGCCGAGCCCUUAUUCAAAGAAUGGGAAUGACUGUUGUAAAGCAAAUUACAGAUGACCUAUUUGCAUGGAAUGUUCUGAAUUACGGAGAAGUAAACAACAUUUGCUGCGAGAAGGUGGAGCAGGAUGCUGCGAGAGGGAUCAUUCACUUGAUUUUGAAAAAGGGUUCAGAGGCCUGUAACCUCUUUCUUAAAUCCCUUGAGGAGUGGAACUAUCCUCUAUUUCAGGACUUGAAUGGACAAAGUCUUUUCCAUCAGACAUCAGAAGGAGACUUGGACGAUUUGGCUCAGGAUUUAAAGGACUGGUACCAUACCCCAUCUUUUCUGAACUUCUAUCCCCUUGGUGAAGAUAUUGACAUUAUUUUUAGCCUGAAAAGCACCUUCAUAGAACCUGUCCUGUGGAGGAAGGACCAACACCAUCACCGCGUGGAGCAGCUGACCCUGAACGGCCUCCUGCAGGCUCUUCAGAGCCCCUGCAUCAUUGAAGGGGAAUCUGGCAAAGGGAAGUCCACUCUGCUGCAGCGAAUUGCCAUGCUCUGGGGCUCCAGAAAGUGCGAGGCUCUGACCAAGUUCAAAUUCGUCUUCUUUGUCCGUCUCAGCAGGGCCCAGGGCGGGCUUUUUGAAACCCUCUGUGAUCAGGUCUUGGAUAUAGCAGCCACAAUCAGGAAGCAGACAUUCAUGGCCAUGCUGCUGAAGCUACGGCAGAGGGUUCUUUUUCUUCUUGAUGGCUACAAUGAAUUCAAGCCCCAGAACUGCCCAGAAAUCGAAGCCCUGAUAAAGGAAAACCACCGCUUCAAGAACAUGGUCGUCGUGACCACCACCACUGAGUGCCUGAGGCACAUACGGCAGUUUGGUGCCCUGAUUGCUGAGGUGGGAGAUAUGACAGAAGACAGUGCGCAGGCUCUCAUCCGAGAAGUGCUGAUCGAGGAGCUUGCUGAAGGCUUGUUGCUCCAAAUUCAGAAAUCCAGGUGCUUGAGGAAUCUCAUGAAGACCCCUCUCUUUGUGGUCAUCACUUGUGCGAUUCAGAUGGGUGAAAGUGAGUUCCAGUCUCACACACAAACAACGCUGUUCCAUACCUUCUAUGAUCUGUUGAUACAGAAAAACAAACACAAACAUAAAGGUGUGACUGCAAGUGACUUCAUUCGGAGCCUGGACCACUGUGGAGACCUAGCUCUGGAGGGUGUGUUCUCCCACAAGUUUGAUUUCAAACUGGAGGAUGUGUCCAGCAUGAAUGAGGAAGUCCUGCUGACAACUGGGCUCCUCUGUAAAUAUACGGCUCAAAGGUUCAAGCCAAAGUAUAAAUUCUUUCACAAGUCAUUCCAGGAGUACACAGCAGGACGAAGACUCAGCAGUUUAUUGACGUCUCGUGAGCCAGAGGAGGUGACCAAGGGGAAUAGUUACUUGCAGAAAAUGGUUUCCAUUUCAGACAUUACAUCCACGUAUAGCAGCCUGCUCCGGUACACCUGUGGAUCAUCUGUGGAAGCCACCAGGGCUGUUAUGAAGCACCUCACAGCAGUGUAUCAACAUGGCUGCCUUCUCGGGCUUUCCAUCACCAAGAGGCCUCUCUGGAGACAGGAAUCUUUGCAAAGUGUGAAAAACACCACUGAGCAAGAAAUUCUGAAAGCCAUAAACAUCAAUUCCUUUGUAGAGUGUGGCAUCCAUUUAUAUCAUGAGAGUUCAUCCAAGUCAGCCCUGAGCCAAGAAUUUGAAGCUUUCUUUCAAGGUAAAAGCUUAUAUAUCAACUCAGGGAACAUCCCUGAUUACUUAUUUGACUUCUUUGAACACUUGCCCAAUUGUGCAAGCGCUCUGGACUUCAUUAAACUGGACUUCUAUGGGGGAGCUAUGGCUUCAUGGGACAAGGCUGCAGAAGACACAGGCACAAUCCACACGGAAGAGGCCCCAGAAACCUACAUUCCCAGCAGGGCUGUAUCUUUGUUCUUCAACUGGAAGCAGGAAUUCAGGACUCUGGAGGUCACACUCCGGGAUUUCAGCAAGUUGAAUAAGAAAGAUAUCAAGUAUCUGGGAAAAAUAUUCAGCUCUGCCACAUGCCUCAGACUGCAAAUAAAGAGAUGUGCUGGUGUGGCUGGAAGCCUCAGUUUGGUCCUGAGUACCUGUAAGAACAUUUAUUCUCUCAUGCUGGAAGCCAGUCCCCUCACCAUAGAAGAUGAGCAGCAUAUCACGUCUGUAACAAACCUGAAAACCUUGAGUAUUCACAACCUACAGAAUCAACGGCUGCCGGGUGGUCUGACUGACAGAUUAGGUAAUUUGAAGAACCUUACAAAGCUCAUAAUGGAUAACAUUAAGAUGAAUGAAGAAGAUGCUACAAAACUAGCUGAAGGCCUGAAAAAUCUGAAGAAGAUGUGUUUAUUUCGUUUGACCCACUUGUCUGACAUUGGAGAGGGAAUGGAUUACAUAGUCAAGUCUCUGUCAAGUGAACCCUGUGACCUUGAAGAAAUUCAAUUAGUCUCCUGCUGCUUGUCUGCAAAUGCAGUGAAAAUCCUAGCUCAGAAUCUUCACAAUUUGGUCAAACUGAGCAUUCUUGAUUUAUCAGAAAAUUGCCUGGAAAAAGAUGGAAAUGAAGCUCUACAUGAACUGAUUGACAGGCUGAACGUGCUAGAACAGCUCACUGCACUGAUGCUGCCCUGGGGCUGUGAUGUGCAAGGCAGCCUGACCAGCCUGUUGAAACGUUUGGAGGAGGUCCCACAACUCGUCAAGCUUGGGUUGAAAAACUGGAGACUCACAGAUACAGAGAUUAGAAUUUUAGGUGGAUUUUUUGGAAAGAACCCUCUGAAAAACUUCCAGCAGUUAAAUUUGGCAGGAAAUUGUGUGAGCAGUGAUGGAUGGCUUGCCUUCAUGGGUGUAUUUGAGAAUCUUAAGCAAUUAGUGUUUUUUGACUUCAGUACUAAAGAAUUUCUACCCGAUGCAGCAUUAGUCAGAAAACUUAGCCAUGUGUUAUCCAAGUUAACUUUUCUGCAAGAAGCUAGGCUUGUUGGGUGGCAAUUUGAUGAUGAUGAUCUCAGUGUUAUUAACGGUGCUUUUAAACUAGUAACUGCUUAAAUAAAGUGCACUCGAAGCCAAUAAGUGCUCUGGGACCUCAUUACUUUAAGCCUGGUGGUUAAAAAAUCUUGCAAAAGGAUGCCAAAGAAGAUAAGGAAGUGGAAAGAAGUUUAAUUUGAUGAUUAAAAACAUGCAACAGUUUUGUGUCUUAGCUCUCCUACUAGGAUUAUUGGCUCCUUGAAGGAACUCUUGUUCAUCUUUGUGUUACCUUUGGUCUGGGUCACACCAACUGGUGUACUGAAUGCAUAUUAACUUACUAUAAUGCCUGGCAUGUAACCGAUUCUCAACAAUAUUCUCAAUAAAUAUUUGUUGAAUAUGAGAUGAUUAAAUUAUUAAUAAAUAGCUACUGAAUAAAGGAACAAAGAUUAUUUAAAAUCAGAGAGGAAACUCCAUAUAUGUUCUUUAAUUCAAACAGUUUAAUUCAAACAAUCUGGAAUGUAAAAAGCACUUUCUGAUGUUAGAAGGAGAUCAGACUCCCAAAAAAGAUCAGCAUUCUUCAGUCAAGCAAAACUUGGCAGUUUACAAACAGCUAAAUCAGAGGCCUGAAAUUCAGGUCCUCUCCAGUACCUGCUACAUUAUAUGUAAUUCCAAACAUGACUUCAGAGAUUAAAGAAGAAAGGGAAAAUGUUUCCCAUACUUUUGUACCCUAUAUAAACUAAGGGUACCCAGCCCUAAUCUUUUUUCCAACACUUUCGCAAAUAACCCUUCCUUGCAAAGAAAGAAGUCUAAGAAAACUCUCUAAUCUAAAUAUAUUUAAGUAGAGGCAAGCCUGAAAAAAACACAAAAACCUAAAUGGUGUUACGCUGUGGUUCACCUAUUCUCAUGGCACCUCAAAUUAAUGGCUUGGGUGUUGGUGUAGGUAACACUUGGCCUGUAUGUUGAGGUAGUCACUAGAUAAAAUUCUGGGCACAACAUCUGUUUAGCAAUUGGGCACAUAUUCUACAGAUUUAGCCAAUGUUUUGAAGCUGAUAGUUUACAGAUCAACUAAUUAAUUCCUCUCCCUAACUUUACAGAUGAGAAAGCUCAGAUGAUUUGCCCAUGGGUUAUAAAACUACUUCCUUACACAGUGGCAGCAUCAGAACUGGAAUUCAGAUCUCUUGCCUCCUAGGCAGUGUUUUUCCCAUUAUAAAUAUGGUGACUUCGUAAAGCAGGGUUAAUUACAUUCCAUGGAGCUUACAUCUUAAUCACAAACAAUGGGACAAAUAUUUAAAUUGAACUUCUUUCUCUGUCUAGCUUCGAGUGAUUCUGUGGCAAGAUUUACUAGUAAGGCUGCUGCCUAUAUGCCUAUGCUGGGCAAGUUCCUUAUUUUCAUAUCCAGAAGUUAGUCAGAGCUUGGCAAAUAAGGCUUCUCUAUAUAAUAACGCAUGGGCCAAUGUCCCCUGUAACAUCUUACAUUCAGGAAGUAGGGCCAAUUAUUUUAUAACUCACAGGCAACUGUGAGUGUCCUUUCUCAAAUAGUGAAGGUAGGUAUUAAAGCACCUUUGGUGGGACAGAUGCACAGGUGUUGCCUCUGAAUUGGUGUUGAGGAAGUGGGCAUAAAACCUCACACAGAACUGUGUUUGGUACCUGAACACUUUAAAAUCCUAUGGGGAUGGGGAAGACAUGCAUGGGGUGGCAGCACAUACCUCUUAACUCAAGACAUGGCAGUUCAGAUUUCAUGCAUGACCCUAAUUCACAUUUAGUUGAGAUCAACGAAGGAAGAAGAAUCAUCCUGUAAUAGUAGACCAACAACAGAUACAGUAAUAGUUGGAAAACGUAAGACAAAGGCCAGGGAACAGGUUGCCUUAUUACAUUUUACAAAGUAUCAAUUUCCCCAGUAGUCAAGGUAGUAUAGGCUGUAUUUCUUCAGCAGGUCACAUGCCUGAACAGGGUUGCAGAUGUCAAAGACAAUGAUCAACUCCUCACUAAGAAAAAGGUAUUUAGGACAUGGUCACUUAUUACCACAGAUGACAAUUCUGCUUGACAGAGAUGGCUUCUUGGAUGUUUUUAAUCCACAGUGAAGAAAAAGGAUUUCAAAGUGCUGCUCCUAUUUGAAAGUGAAUGAGUUCACUGAAGAAACUGUUGCAAA